GCUAUUUUGGCAACAUGGUGCAAUAUGAAAGUGACUCCAUAAUGACGUCGGUGUACCUCAGUGACUGGCUGUCAGCGUCUCCACAAUUCCGUCGCGACCUCAUCGUCGCCAUGUUACGCUGGUCCAAGGAUAUCACUCCUCGAGUGUCCGGGAUCAUUCCUUUGUCACUCGCCACUUAUGUUUCGGUUCUCAAGUCAGCCUACAGCUUGUUCGCGGUUCUCAGUACGAAACAUUGAAAUACAAUUAUUUUAUG